UGUAAAACAAGCCGUUCAAGGUCGUUGUGACGAAAAGGCGGGCGGGUGGCUCUGGAAGCACAUCUGUUGUAGUAACGGUAUUAACCUCCAGUUUCGAAUACCAGUUAUUGGAAACUAAAUACGCCCAUACACUCCGCCACAUUUUUGGUCAGGCUUUAUUCUCACGGAACUGAACUUAAAAAUUGAAAUGUAUGCGUUAUUAGGUCGAUCACCUUCCCUUAUUUCAAAAACCAUCCGAUUGAGUAGAAUAUUCAGCACAAGUUGUAAACUGACCUCCAAUGUGUACUAUACCAAAAAACACGAGUGGAUCAAGGUCAGUGGUGAUGUUGGGAUUGUAGGAAUUUCUAAAUAUGCUGAACAGAAACUGGGUGAUAUAGUGUACGUUGAGUUACCUACUAUUGGAGACAAGAUCAAUGUUAAUGACCAAUGUGCCGUUGUCGAAUCAGUCAAAGCUGUUAGCGAAGUAUACUCUCCAGUGUCAGGUACCAUAAUUGAAGUCAAUCCAGAUGUUGAAAAAAAUACAAAAAUAAUCAAUCAGUCCCCUUUAGAUGAAGGCUGGCUUUUCAAGCUUCGACUUUCAGACUUAUCACAAAUCAAGGACCUUUUAUCUGAAGAAAACUAUGAUGAAUUUUUGACCUCUGAAUCUUGAUGCUGUAACAUAUUCUUCAGUUCGUUUCUUUAGGCAUUACAAACCUCCACCGUUCUUAUUUUGAACAAUUAAACGUUAUUUAGCGUAUGAUUGGGUUGCUAAGUUCUUCGAGACCACCUCAGCACAUUUUAAUCUUAGUUUUAUAUAUUUUUACUUGUGAAUAGCUUCUAUUUAUAGGACAUAAACGUCUGAGUACAUAAUGGCAGAGUCAUAAUAUUUGUAGGAAGAGGAAAGAAUCGUACAGCCUGUAAAUAAACAGACACCCAUGAAAUUUCAUUAAAGGUAAAGUUCGGUAGAAAUACAGUGUAGAAAGUUCUCCAAUUAAGGAAACCCAUCUCACUUUUAUGAACAAUGUAGCUAGAGACUACAGUGUGAUUCUUGACCCGUGUA